UUUCGAAUCUGAUGGCAACGCUGCGGCUGGCUGCAACUGAGCUCGCGGACGCCUCCGCGGCCGCCUUCGCCGCCAAGGGCCUCGACGUCAUCCGUCUCCGCCCCGGCGGCGAUCCGUGGCGCAUUGAGCGGUCGGCAUUGGACCCGCUCCUCACCGACUCGCUGGAGCAGGACGCGCUCAACAAGAUGGAAGACAGCAAGCACACCUCUAUUUACUACCGCGGCAAUACGCUGCAGGUCCGCACCUGCUUGGUGCAUGGCGUCCGCGUCAACAAUGUCGCCCUCGGUACGCACUGCAACAUGUCUCGAGCGUCAUCGAUCGCGCCUAGCGUCGCGAACGGCGCAUGCGCUGCACAAUGGCGACCGCGUCGUGAUUCUCGCCUCGCCCCUUGGUGGUGAUAUUGUCGUGUACCACGUUGAGAUCGCGGACGUCGGCGACGCGACGCCGCAGACCGCUCUCUACGCUGCGACGGCGCUGGAUUUCAGU